AUGUCUUCAAAUGGAGAUGUUGUCAUUGUUGCACACAAGGAUCAGUGGAAGAAUUACAAAAGUCCACUUGAUGAGCAAGAAUAUGCUAGUGAGGUUAAGUAUGAUGUUGGCAUUGAACCUUCUGGAGAAGAGCUUAAUGAUCUCUCAAAAGCUCUUAACAAACUCUGGGAACUUGGCUUAAACCGCUUGGUACUUGGCAAGGACUAUCAGAUUGAUUGUGGUGAAGGGAAGAAGUUUUACCAGAAGGAAGAUAUGGCAGGAGGGAGCCUGUUUUCCUGGCUGAGUGAAGAAAUAUUUAUGAGGCCUAUCUUUGCACAUUUCUGCUCUCUUCUGGACAACUAUAAUACACAUGAAGGGUAUAAAGAAAAUGUAACACCUGAAGAGAGACAAGAGCAAGCAGCAUAUAUCGAAGAGAUAAGUAGAACUGCACCAAUCAAAUAUCUUCACAAGUAUCUUUCUUCCAACGGCAUCUUCUAUUUGGAAGAGGCAAAGGGAAGGGUGAAUUAUCAAGCAUACAUUCUUCCGCGGAGGCGUGGGCCAAUUGUAAAGCAACUAUAUGUUACCAGAGACUCAUCGGAUUAUUUAUGGUACAUGACAAACGUCAAUAUAGCAUCUAAUAAAGGACUUCUAAAGAGUGGACAGUGGCCUCUUCUCUCUAUCAUGUUUGCUGGUCAUGCCUUGCAUGUUUUUAUCAACGGCAAGUUAUCAGGAACCACGUAUGGGAGCUUGGAUAAUCCAAAACUGACAUUUAGCAAUUACGUGAAUUUAAGAGCUGGUGUUAACAAAAUCUCUUUACUCAGUGUUGCCGGUGAAUUAAGGGAUAUAGAAGGUAAUAUGCUUGUGACAAGCUUUCCUCCCAUCAAGAUCAAGAAGGAUGAAGACAGUAGAAGUGGAGGUGGAGAUCAAGGCAACGCUGGUAGUUAG